CAAGCUCCAAGAACCCUCUUCUCAUUUCUUCGUCUGCUUCACUCUGCAACUUUUAAGAAGACGAAGCGAAAUCGAAAGGGUGAAAAGCACGGCCGGAGGAGAAGUGAGUGGAGCACGUUACAAUGGCGUCAAAUCGCAAACACAAACUUGUUACGGCUCUCUGCAAAGAACUGUCAAUUGAUCCAAAUCAAUUUUUAGGCAAUCUGGAGAGGGAUACGAAGAGCUUGUGUAUGGAAAUUACCAGUUCAUCCCCACAAGGUGCUGCCUUGGUGAAGGACAGUGAGUUCAUGAGGUGGGUGGAGUUUGCUGACAAAUUCCCGGAGGAUUCAGAGCUGUGCUUUAAAGCUCUAGGUGAUUUGAAUGAAGAAUUGGUUAAGAUAUCUGUUCUUCUAGGCAAAGGGUUUACACAUUCAGCUGCAGAUAUCAUUGUCUUUUCUAUUCUCCACCCGUAUGUGAUUGACCUUUCUAAAGAGGAUAAAGAAAAAUUACCACACUUGCUAAGAUGGAUGGAUUACAUUCAGAAUAAGGCAGAUGCAGCUAGCCUAUUCGAAAGCAUCAAAUUUGAUAAGGUUGAAUUUGUCUAUCCUGAAGUUAAAAUGUCUAAGGGAGAAGUUGGCUCAAACAUUAAAAAUCCCGAGCCAGGGAAGAAAGAGGGUGGUAGUUCAGGCGAUGUAAAAUUAAAGAAGCCCUCUGAUUCGGAAGUUAAAAUUUUGAAGGGAGAAGGUGGCUCUAAUGCAAAAGCUCCCAAGCCAGGGAAGAAAGAGCAUGAUAAUUUAGAAGAUGUAAAGUCAAAGGAACAUGCUGAAUUGAAAAAAGUUACCGGUGAUAAUGACAAGAAAAACACGUCCGGAAAAGAAGUGGAUGACAAGGAUAAAGACAUAAGUGUAAGUUUGCUUAAAAUUCAGAUCGGUCAUAUUCGUAAAGCAUGGAAGCAUCCCUCUGCUGACAGUUUACUAGUUGAGGAGAUAGAUGUUGGAGAAGCUAAAUGUAGACAAGUGGUCAGUGGACUGGCAAAGUAUUUCACUCCAGAAGAGUUAACAAAUCGCCGAAUUGUGCUUAUCACAAAUAUGAAACCAUCCAAGCUUAGAGAUGUUAUAUCUGAGGGAAUGGUGCUAUGUGCUUCUAAUGAUGAUCACACGGUGGUGGAGCCUCUAAUAGCUCCCGAAGGGGCAAACGUCGGGGAAUUCGUCUCAUUUCAAGGACACGACGGGAAACCAGAGGAUGUAUUGAACCCUAAGAAGAAGCAGUUCGAUAAAAUAGCUGUGGCUCCAAUCCCUCCUUAAUUUUCCUAUCACACCGAUGUGGGACUUUGAAGUAACACUCAACAACAUGAGUUAAAUUUUAGGUCUCUCGUUUGACAUUAGCGUUAGAAACAGAAACAAUUUACAUCAUUAAAAAUUUAUGCAAAACACUAAAACUAAUAAAAAAGUAUUGAUCCAAAUAAGGUUUUAGGCCAUGU